AUGGCACUCACCCAGACAUCCUCCUCGUCUCACUCUCACGGUGUGUCGCACUCGCUCCACCCCGAAGAACGCAAACGCCUCUUGCGGCGCAAGGUCAUCUCCCUCGCCGGCUCGGUCUGCGUCGCCCUCUCCGCCGGCUCCAACUAUGCCUUCUCCUCGUUCGCCCCGCAACUGCAAGAGUCGCUCCACCUCACCUCGACACAGAUCAACCUCAUUGGCAUCGCGGGCAACGCGGGAGUCUACCUCUCCUCCCCACUCUGGGGCCGAUUCAUUGAUAAGCGCGGCCCGCAGACGGCGUUGAUCGUAGCGGCGGUGCUGGUGCCGAUCGGGUAUUCAGGGCUGUCGCUGUCGUAUACAGGCGACUGGACGGUGCACUCGACGGGUUUGUUGUUUUUCUUGAAUCUGCUGACAGGGUUGGGCAACAGUGGUGGCUUCACCGCGGCGAUGAAUGCACAGGCCAAGUCGUGGGGUGGGAGUAGGAGGGGUACGGCGACGGCGUUGGUGCUGUCCGGGUUUGGGCUAAGUGCCUUCUUCUAUUCGUCGCUGUCGCAUCUGUUGUUUCCGGGCAACACGGGCGAUUAUUUGCUGCUGUUGGCGUUCGGCAGUAUGACGAGCAUGCUCAUCGGGCUGGGACUGAUCAAGAUCAUCCCGCCAAUCGAGGCUGCGGGUGAAAGGCAGCAUACGGAUGCCUCGCGGACUGCGUCUUCGGGCUAUUUGCGCCGCCGCACCUCUUCAGACAUUGGUGCCCGCGCCACCAUCUGGCAACAGCCCGAAGCGCUUUCUGCCGAAGCCACCGACGACGAAAGCGAUGCGAACGACCGUCUGCACCCUCGCUUUAACGGUACUGCCGAAAGCUCCCGCAACCCAACCGCCACCAGCGCCGUUGCCUCCUCGGACGAGAUCGACACAAUCUCCAACCUCGACCCGGAAUCGCAAGGCCUUCUGUCCGGCCGAGACAGAUCCAAACGCACCUUGCACGCCGAUAUCAACCCCUCGCACAUCGACAUCUCCGGCCGCCGCCUCUUCAAACAGAUCGACUUCUACCUCAUCUUCUUGGUCAUGACGCUCGUCUCCGGUGCCGGUCUCCUACUUAUCAACAAUGUCGGAACCAUCACCAAGACGCUGUGGGACUACAACCAUCGUGACAACCCGCUGCUCGUCGCUGCGGACAACGCCGACCUGUUGCUCCGACGAUCAGAUGUCACGGCGUUUGAGUUUGAAACGCUCAGGCGCGAUGCCAAGGCGGCGGUGCAGCAUCUGCAGGCGCAACAGGUCUCGGCCAUCUCGCUGUGCAACUUUAGCGGGCGCAUCAUCAUCGGUCUGCUGUCGGAUCUAUUGGUCAACCGCACCGCGUCGGCGGCGAACCGCGUGUGGCUGCUGAUCGUGGUCACGACGCUGGCGCUGGCGAGCCAGCUGCUCGCCGCCUUCCCCGGUGCGGUGUCCACCGUCGACCAGCUGUUCGCCGUCUCGACGCUCACAGGCUUGGCCUACGGCACGCUGUUCGGCGUCUGCCCCACGCUCGUCUUCGAGUGGUUCGGCAUGAAACACUUCAGCCAGAACUACGGCUUUGUCAGCCUGUCGCCCGUGGUGGCGGGCAACGUGUUCAAUCUGCUGUUUGGGCACAUCUACGACAGCCACGUGCCGUCGGAUACGAGCAUGCUCAGCGUGGUGGUGCAGGCAUUGAAGGCCGGCAAUGGCAAGGGCCAGGGGCAUGAUGAUCAUCCGACGAACCGGCAUCUGUGCAUGGAUGGCGAGGAGUGCUACAGGCAGGUGUUUGUCGUGACGAGUGUAGGGUGUGUUAUUGGUGUGGUCGUGAGUUUGGUGUUGAUCGUCAGGCGGGCGAAGAACGUUCCGCGGGUUUUGCGGAGGUGA